AUGUGGCACGAAGCACGUAGACAAGAGAAGCUUCUGCGAUCCACGAUGAUCGACCAGUCGAAAAGAGCCGAGAGAAAGCGGCGAUAUUUCGACACUGUCGUAAGUUCUUCACGUCGAAAAAGUACCGCAAACAAGAAAAGCAACAAAAAGUCGUUUGAAAAAAUUAUAUUAAGCGAGUUUCUUACAGAGAAAAGAUCCGGAACAGUUUAUGCAAAUACACGGGCGGAAGGCUCAAAUCCACGCGGAUCUUGGCAUCGCGCGAGCCGCUGAAGAUGCGAACAUUCUGCGUGCGUGGCAGGGCGACGCCAAUAUCACAAUCGACCGAUUCGACGUUCGUUCUCAUCUUUCCAAAAUGGAUUUGUUGGACGAUGAUGAUUUGGCCCCGAAAAAGCGUGAUGAGACGUCGAAUUCCGACGAAAAGGAACACAUUGUGACGGAUUUCGAACGGUAUCGAGUGCUAAUCAUCAAUGAUUAUAAAGGAGUUUCCGAGAAACAAUAUCUGCGAAAAAUUGCUGAUCGAGAGUUUUAUUCGGUCGAAAAAGAGCAGUCGAAAAAGUUAGAAGCGGAAAAAAAGAAGAAAUCGGCGGAGAAGAAAUCGACGAUUGGAUUCCGUUAUGAAGAUUCGGACGUUGUGAGAGGCGGAGGAAAAGGGGGAAAAGAAAAGAAACAAGAGCCGUCGGAUGAGGAUUCCGAAGAAGAUAUCGAUGAGAUGGAGGAUUUAGGUGAGUUUUUAAAAGAAUAUUGGCUGAACAUGACUUCUUCGAACUCUUUUUUGAAAUUAACAGUUGUUCAUUCAGAUGUGGACAUCGACAUAGCUCGUCUCAACCCGGAAACGCAGCGAACGGUGAACAAGUGCGGCGAAGAGUUCGGCGUGAAGCGGGGCCUUUUCUGUGCCCUCUUAAAAGCUGAUCAGCAGGCGUUGAACGACGCCGCGCAGCUCAAACAGAUCGAUAGACAAAAGGCGCAGCUCUCUGUCCGUAAAUCCUACCAUAUGUAAUUUUGAUGUCUUGCGCAUUACGCACCUUUCAUAAUCUGUAAAAGACGGGUAGUUUGCCACGUUUUAGCGGAAGCAGAGAUUCUUGUAGGUUAUGAAGGGUGUUUUGUGAGUUGCUUACAAUGCUGUAACGUAGUUAAUGUCAUGAAUGCGAUACCGAUAACUGUUUUUUUAUAGGGCCGUGAAUCGAAGCACGAACGCAUGCUUCUGCGACAGCAACGUCAGGCGAUCGUCGGAAAGUCGGGCAUGACAGUUAGAGAGAACGGCGCAACAGCCACACUCCUCGGGUUCAUCAAUCAGAGCCAACAGAAAUCGAAAAUCGAUCAAAUGAUGGAGGAUCUCGAGGGAAGCGAUGAGGAGGACGAACGGAAGGCCCGUCCUCAGUUCAUUCGGACAUUUGGUGGUGCGGCGGCUGAUCGUCGUGGAGGCGAUUCCGAUGAAGACGUGAAGAAAACGACAGUCGGACCGGAGCUGCCUUCAGAAGAGUAUCGAAAAAUUUUGAAGUUGUCAAAGAAUCGAGGAUCCGAAGCUGAUGAAGUAGAUUGGGGAGGGCUGAAAGUGAAAAGAUCGAGAACUAGAUCCAGAUCUCCCCGUCGGAGAUCCAGAAGCAGAAGCCGUUCGAGAUCCAGAAGAUCGAGCUCGAGGAACCGUUCUCACUACAGAAGACGCCGAAAUUCAAGGAGCCGAAGUCGUUCACGCUCUAG